AAAGGAAAACACUGCGACACUUGUAUGUGUGCGUAUGUUUUGCUGUCAAAAUUUUUCACUUUUCCACAGUGAAUUUUCUUCCCUGACCCGAAGAGGACAUCAAUAUCGUCCGCGCACCGUCCUCGAAUCUUCAAUGGGAAAAAUGCGACAAAUAGAGCAAAAGUACGACCUGUCCAAGUGUCACACGUACAAUGAGAAAAGUUCGUUCGCGUUCUGGGUCGUGCUGGUGCUGCUGUUCUGCUUGGCGCUGGGCAACCUCUGCCUAACGCUGUCCAUCACGGCGAUACUGCGAAUCUACCGCGGGAUGGAAAACAUCGAGCUGAUACAGGACGCCGAUUCGAUCAAGUUUUACGGCAACAUCGAUUUCGACCGGGUGUACAAACAGGAUGGGCUGCUGGAGAGCUUCUACGAUGAGCCGCUGGAGCUGGCCGGCGACGAUGGGGACAUCUCGAUCAAUCUCGUCAAUCGGAACGGCAAUACGCACAACAAAAUUCAGCUCACGCGCACAGGCACCUUCCUGAAGGGCAUCAACCAUUUCGAUGUGAAAGAUCCGGCAACGGGCAGGCAGGUGUUUGGGACGUUGCGCCCUCACUACAACAUGCCCCAGGGGGCGAUGAUCCUGCAAGCCCAUCUGGUGAACAGUGGCCGCAUUGCGGCGCCCAUUAACGAUACGCUGAAGCUGCAGACGCGCAACAAGCUGACGCUCAAGGGCACGGAAGGAAUUCGAAUGGAGGCGAAGGAGCUGCUGUGGUCGGCGGACCAGAACAUCUUCCUGAAGUCGGACAACGGUAGCACGAUGCUGGUGGGCGGCAAUGGGGUGUGGGUGAACGUGAACAACUUGCCGGUGGUCAAGAGCGAGCACGGCGUGCGGACAGGAUCGGCCGGCCAGUACAAGCUGUGCGUGUGCCAUCCUCAGGGGCGCAUCUUUCGCAUGGCCGUGCCCAAGUCGCACAAUGCUCGGGUGAACUGUGCCCAUUUCAGUGGCAAGGAGAAUCCAUGUGCGUAGGGAGGGAGCGAGCGGGCAAAGGACAGUAUUGGGUAGAGCAAUAGGGGCAAACACAUAUCGGCCAUAUAGAGGUAGAGCUCGGUUUUGUUAGGUAGUGAUAGUUGCUCAACGAAAAGUAGUUUCUAGUUGCUGUUUAUUUCAAUACUCAUAUACUCAUAUAUAUAUAUAGGAGUAGAUAGAGUAGGGCGACGUUGUUAAACGCAUUUUUUGUUCUCUUAAUGUUUACCAAACGGGCUAGAAGUAUUUCGUUUUAUUUUUGUUUUAUCAUAUGGUAGUUGAUUUAUUAAGUUCACGGCAAUUACCAAAGGGUUAAGUUAACAUUAAUCCACACGUGUUCGUUUAGUCGACAAAAAGUCAAGUGUUCCGAAUAAAAUACUAAUCUUAACGCGUCAA